AUGAAGACCUCAAAGUCAGGGUUUCAGAGUGCUGCCCAAGAGGAAUGUGGUGUUUGGCUUGACACUUUGCAAUUAAAGGGAAAAGCUAGACAGAAACGAUCUGCCCGUCCUAUUUCUAAAAUGCUGAAUCCCUUCGCUGAAGGGGGGGGAUACAGUUUGGCUGUGGCCCUGAACUUCACUCAGACCAAAAUGGAAAUGCCAAAAACCAAACAAAGCUCCAUCUCCACUUUCUUCACACCCCAGCGAAGAGUCGUCAAUAGGAUUAAAUGGACUUUUUCAAAACCUCCAUCACCACUAAAACACACAGACCAGCUGCGGAGCAAAGCUGGGAGAGAUGGAGACUCAAAGGGGACCAAACUGAGCAGCUCUCCUCUUAAAAAGCUAAAACAGCAAAGCCGGCAGGUGGAGGAGGACAGUUUGGCCAUGUUGUUCACUCAGGACUCGGAGGGCUUCAGGGUGAUAGCACAUCGAGGUCUGCUUCCCAGGAGCCCACUUAAAGACCAGAGUAAUCAAAGCGUUGGGAUAAUGAGAGCCUGUGCUCACAAAUCUGUGUCUGACGAGGAGGACGAUGAGGUUCUGUUUACUCAAGACUCGCAGGGAAACACGGUGAUCAAACACUGA